AGCUUUGUGGUUUGAUAAGUUUUUAUCAACAAAUCUUAACAAAAACAAUGAAAUAAUUAACAAUUAGAUAAACAGCCAGCAAUGAAGUAGCGGUAACAAAGGUGCUAUUGCUAUCGGUACAGAGCUACUUAGGCGAACGCGGGGCGCCGCGGGGCUACGCGCGGGGAAGCGGGGCGAGGUGCAAGGUAACGCGGACAAGUUUACGUGCGUAGCAUUUCUGUGAGAAGUAUUCAUUCUGUGUUUAGCGUUACUAGCUGAUGCACGCAUUGCUCGCUCUUCGCUGUGUUUGUUGCAAACGAGUAAAAUAAAUCUAAAGGCGUAAUAUACUCAAGUGUAUUUAAUACUUUGAGAUCUUUCGUUCUGAGUGUGUUUUGUGUUUUAUAUCUUGCAAACAUGUAUUCUUUGAUAACUAGAAGAAAGCAACUAAUGAGGCUUACUACAUGGAAAGAUGAUGAGUUACUACCCAAGGAGAAUCAAAGCAUUGUGAAAGUGUUGAAGAACAGAGGAAGAAAUUUACAUGCGGUAAUAACUCCAACUGGUGAAGAAUAUUUAGUAUCCAUGCCAACUCAAUUCAGAAGAACCAUAUGGGUGAGAAGAGGAUCAUAUAUCGUUGUUGAACCGAUACCUAAAGGAAACAAAGUAAAAGCUGAAAUAGUGAAAAUAAUAAACAAAAACUCUAUACAAUGUUAUAAAGAAAAUAAUGUGUGGCCAAAAGAGUUCGAAGAGGCAAACAAAACAAAUGCUUAUGAGGAUGAUAGCGAUUACUUAUUUGUGAACAGCAGUAAAGAUCUGGAACAUCUUAGUAACAUUGAUCCGGAGGACGAAAAAGUUUCGACACAGGAGUUCGAAGAGAAUGAGAAAACAAAUGAUGAUGAGGAGAAGUUAUUUGUGCCCUGUGGUAAUAGAACGCUGAUAUCCGAUAGUUCCAGUGAUUCGGGUGACAGUGAUACGGACACAUACAAGGCCAGGGCUGAGAACUCUGAUAGUGGUGGUGAAUAUUGAAAACAUUUAGAAUCUUUUCUUACUACAUACUUAUGCACCAAUGCACUUGAACAACUUUUUGUUUUUACUAACCUUUAAUUGUACACAACUAUGGCUCAAUAGCAAUGUACAGUAGUGUUUUUAAUUUAGUAUAGAACGUUACUUUGGAAUGACGAGGGCAAACAUUCUGAAAGUCAGUUGAAUAUUCUUAUGUGAUCCUAGUGACUGGGCGUGCUCAAUAUUCAACUCAUUUCAGAGUGUUUGCUCCUUAUACUGUUGUCUUACCAAAAAUAUAGUCAU